GACUACGACACCUCCACACCUGAAACAGGCCUCUACUUCCAUUUUUCAAAUAAACAAACAGACAAACGCUCAACUCCUGCGUAAGCUCUUUAGCUCUCUCCCCGUCUGUCAGCACGUCUCACCUUCCUGCCCUAGAAGCCGCGCGUCUGGGCGCGUAGUGUUUCGGCUUCUCACUGGCGAGCAGAUUUUGCCGAGUAAGAUUUGUUCUUUCACAGGUUUUAGAUAACUGGAAGCGAGCUCAACUGUCCUCUAUGUCCUGGAGUUCUGCAAAGAAUUAAUGGUUGAACGGUUUUGUGUCAUUUGUUGUUGAGUAAUAUUUGUGCCUUUAUAUGACAAGAUAGACAUUCCAAAGGGCAUACGAAUAGCUACUCACUUAAUCAUUUGACUGCAAAGGAAGUGCAAGAACAAUAUUGGAGAGAAAUUCGAACUACAAGAAAAAUGCUAUGUGGUAAGGGCAUCUCUGUAAGUCUGUCUUUGUGACGAUUGUUUCCAGAAUCAGGGCUUCUGGAUGGCAAAGGGUGCUGGAUGUCUAAACGAUAGUGAGAUGGCUUAUGAUAAUUCUUCCAGAAUUGAGCCGAAGCGUUCUCAUCAGUGGUUCAUGGAUGGCCCGGAGGUGGAGCUGUUCCCCAACAAGAAACAGGCGGUAGUGGUUCCAACUAACAAUUUAUAUUCGGGAAUGUUAAACUCAAAUGUCUCUCCAUGGGGCAAUGCUUCAAGUUUUCAGUCAUUUACUGGUCAAUUCAAUGAACGGUUAUUUGAUUCCGAGAUAACCAGGACCACUAAUAUUGAUGACAGAAAUAUUCCAUCACUUGACACCGAAAAACUGGAUAUGGGAAGAAAGAUUAAUGAUGAUACAUUUGGGAAUGAUCCAUCAUUUGGUUUAUCAAUGUCACAUACGCUGGAAGAUCCUAGCUUAGGUCAAAACUAUGGUGCCUUUAGAAAAGUUAAAAUCAGCCAGGUGAAGGACUCCGAGAAUGUUAUGUCUGUAUCUAUGGGACAUGCCUAUAAUCAGGGGGAUGACACUACUAUGUUAGCAUCUCAUGCCUACAAGGCAGAUGGCAAUUCAAUAUCAAUGGGUCUCACUUAUGGCAAAGGAACUGAGAUGAUAUCUUUAGCUGACACCUAUGACCGAGUGGAUAACAAUUUCAUAUCAAUGGGACAGCCUUAUAACAAGGUGGGUGACUCCUUAUCAAUGGGUCAAAUAUACAAAGAAAACCCUGAUACCAUGUCAUCGAGUCAGAUGUUCAGCAAGGGCGAUGACAGUAUCAUUUCUAUUGGUCAAACCUACAAGUCAGAUGACAAUAACAUAUCAACUGGUCACAUCUUCGAUAGGGGGGAGGACACUAGUGUACCAGUUGGUCAUGCUUACAAUACAGGUGAAAACUCGGUCUCUCACUCUUAUAAUAAGGGAGAAAGUACUAUCAUUUCCUUUGGUGGCUAUGAUGAUGAUCAUGAUGCAAAUCCCUCUGGAAGGCUCAUAUCGAGUUAUGAACUGUUGAUGGGCAAUCCUUCAGUCCAGAGAUCAGAAGCUUUAAUCGAGAGAGAAUUAGUUAAAUCAAAUCCUGAAACAGAUACAAGUAGUGCCCAGAUAACUGCUUCGGGGACUGGAAAUAUUUCCAAGAAGAAAGAUGACCCAAAAAUGUCUAAGAAGGUUCCUCCAAACAACUUCCCGUCAAAUGUCAGAAGUUUGCUAUCAACUGGUAUGCUAGAUGGAGUCCCUGUAAAGUAUAUUGCCUGGUCAAGGGAGAAGGAACUCCGUGGGGUUAUAAAAGGUUCUGGAUAUCUAUGUGGCUGUCAGUCAUGUAAUUUUUCCAAGGUUAUCAAUGCAUAUGAUUUUGAGCGUCAUGCCGGAUGCAAAACAAAACACCCAAACAACCACAUAUACUUCGAGAAUGGGAAGACGAUUUAUGGGAUUGUCCAAGAGCUUAGGAGCACUCCUCAAAAUAUGCUGUUUGAAGUAAUUCAGACCAUAACUGGUUCGCCUAUCAAUCAGAAGUCCUUCCGCCUUUGGAAAGAAUCCUUUCUAGCUGCAACACGUGAACUUCAGCGUAUAUAUGGAAAGGAUGAGGGGAAGCAAUUGUCAUGAAGCAAGCUCACUCAAGUUUUGAGGUAGGAUAAUCUUUGUUUUGUGCAGAGAAGUAAUCUUUUUGGCUAUACCUUGUCCGCACUCCGGUGAUUGCACCACCAACUCGAGCGCUUUUGAGUACAAGUUACAUGGACUUAUUUGGGGGUGGGGGUUUGGGAGAAAAAGAACGAAGUACGUUGGAAUCUUGGUCCUUGUUGUCCAAAAUGGAAAAUGAAAUUGAAGUUGUUGUUAAUGGAAAGGGACGUUUAUUUAUUGCUUUUGCUAUUUUCUCUCAUCUUUCUUGGUUAUAUUGGUUGUAUAUGAUAUGCCCACUAACGGAACUGGUAACUAUAAUACAUCUCUCUGGCUUUCAUCAUGCUU